AUAUAAGGCAUUGCAAUUCUCUCUUGAGCACCGAUUUUGCUGGUUUUGUUCCUGGCGCUCCUCUUGCUCGAGCUUGUGCGGCGACGAUGGCGGCGGCGGCGGAAUCGGUGCAGUGCUUCGGCAGGAAGAAGACAGCCGUCGCGGUGGCGCACUGCAAACGCGGCCGCGGCCUGAUCAAGGUGAACGGCGUCCCCAUCGAGCUGGUGAAGCCGGAGAUCCUCCGCCUCAAGGCCUUCGAACCCAUCCUACUCCUCGGGCGGCAGAGGUUCGCGGGGGUCGACAUCCGCAUCCGCGUCAAGGGCGGCGGCAAGACUUCCCAGAUCUACGCCAUCCGCCAGAGCAUCGCAAAGGCCCUCGUCGCCUACAACCAGAAGUACGUGGACGAGCAGUCCAAACAGGAGAUCAAGGACAUACUCGUACGCUACGACCGGACCCUUCUCGUCGCCGACCCCCGCCGGUGCGAGCCCAAGAAGUUUGGUGGUCGUGGCGCUCGGGCUCGUUUCCAGAAGUCGUACCGGUAGAUCCACAGGGUCUGUAAUUCUGAACCUUUCCUCUCUUUUUUGUUAUGCUUUCAGUUGCUGUUGCUUCGUCGGAUGUUGCUUUUGGAUCAUACAAAUUGCCCUGAUUCUGAACUGUGAUUUCUAUCUAUUCCGAUUCAUCGCUAUUAUGAAACUUUA